GCAGAAACUCAACCAUUCCGCUGUGGGUGCGAGCCAUUGGUGCCAUACUUCAACCCUUCAACCCACUCUUCAUUGUCAGAACAGCUGGCCCAUGGGGUCCAAGUUACUCCAGAAAGCCAGGCCAGAUCUCAUCCGCAAGUUUUCGGGUGUGGUGAAAGAUUCGGAAGAAGUAAUUCCAAAUUACUUGUACCACUGCAACGCUCAGAAUCCAACUGGUGAGUCGGCUUUCCAUGCCCUCAUGGCUGGCUUUGGCUGGGCGAAGUAUCCAAUGAUCCACCGAAUGGACUCGCUGAGGAAGGAAGUCCCGAUCACCUUGAUCUAUGGAUCGAGGUCUUGGGUGGACCGGGAUCCUGGCUUCCAGAUCAAGUACACGAGGCAGGACUCGUACGUCGAUGUGGUGGUUAUCAAAGGUGCAGGUCACCAUGUGUACGCAGACAGAGCAGAGGUGUUUAACGAGCUGGUGAAUUACAUUGGAGACAAUGUAGACAAUGGUACGCUGCCUAAGAAAAUGAGCAUGAACCCAGAUUUAGUUGAAGGGGAGGAGGCCAGAAAUGCCGGCGUCACCUUGACCAACAUGCUGAAUGUUCGCAAUGAUAACAUGCAAGACUCAACAGAACCAUCAGUGAAGGACAUUGAUUAUCCGGAGGAAAGAGAGAAUGAUGUGUGAGGAAAGGAAAUUCUAGGUUAAUUUCGAAAAUUGUCAGACUGCACCAUAAAGAAGCUGGAUGCAUAAAAUGGGGUUUAAAUUAUAAUAUUAAGAUAUUAUGCAAAUAUUAGUGCUGAUGAUAUAAUCAAGUCUUGGGGAAAAGAAAUCUAGUUUCAAGUGGUUGUAAAAAAACUAACAUUGGCUAUUUUAAUCAUGUACUAAUAUUGCUGUAUCAUACCAUUCCUCUCAAUGUUUGCAAGAUUUUGUAAUCCACUUUUACUAUUUUUUUUCUCCAGUUUCUAUCUACCUCUAGUUCUGUUCUUGAAGCUAUAGGAAAAGAAUGUUUACAGAUGCAAAUAACAUUAGUGUUAAUAACAAUAUAUUAUGCCAGUCAACACUGAUGGGAAUUACAGAAACCCUGUUAUUUAUGUAAUUUUCAUACAGUCCAAUAGUCCACGAAAGGGAUCACCUUUUUUGUUUUGAUGUUUGCAGCACCUGUCUCUGAGGAGAGAGUCUGUGCAUUUGGUGUCCUUUUUCUUUCCUAUUUUCUAAAAUGGAUUUACUCUUCAUUUAUUUUGUUUAGAAAUUAUUAUCAGUAUUAAAAUAUGUAUAUAUAUCAUGUGGAAAUAU